AUGGCUUCUGACAAUGAUGUUUUGUGGUUUACCGGUGAUGUUCGCUGCUGUGCUGGCGCAGAGUAUUCCUGUCCUGAGUGCAGGAGAUGUUUUUCACAGAAGUCUAAUCUUUACACACAUCAGAGAUCUCACACGGGGGAGAAGCCGUAUUCCUGUCCUGAGUGCGGGAAAUGUUUUUCACAGAAGUCCCAUCUUUACACACAUCAGAAAUUGCACACAGGAGAGAAGCCGUAUUCCUGUCCUGAGUGCGGAAAAUGUUUUUCACAGAAGUCCAGUCUUUACAAACAUCAGAGAUCUCAUACAGGAGAGAAGCCGUAUUCCUGUCCUGAGUGCGGGAAAUGUUUUUCACAGAAGUCCAGUCUUGAAAAACAUCAGAGAUCUCAUACAGGAGAGAAGCCGUAUUCCUGUCCUGAGUGUGGGAAAUGUUUUUCACAGAAGUCCAGUCUUUACAAACAUCAGAGAUCUCACACAGGAGAGAAGCCGUAUUCCUGUCCUGAGUGUGGGAAAUAUUUUUCACAGAUGUCUGAUCUUUACACACAUCGGAGAUCUCACACGGGGGAGAAGCUGACUUACUGUCCUGAGUGUGGAAAAUGUUUUUCGUUGAAGUCCAAUCUUUACAAACAUCAGAGAUCUCACACAGGAGAGAAACCGUAUUCCUGUCCUGAGUGCGGGAAAUGUUUUUCACAGAAGUCUGAUCUUUACACACAUCAGAGAUCUCACACGGGAGAGAAGCCGUAUUUCUGUCCUGAGUGCCAGAAAUGUUUUUCACAGAAGUCCAGUCUUUACAGACAUCAGAGAUCUCACACAGGGGAAAAGCUGUAUUCCUGUCCUGAGUGUGGGAAAUGUUUCUCAGAGAAGUCCAGUCUUUACAAACAUAAAAGAUCUCACACGGGGGAGAAGCCGCAUUCCUGUCCUGAGUGCGGGAAAUGUUUUUCACAGAAGUCCGAUCUUUACACACAUCAGAGAUCUCACAGGGGGGAGAAGCCGUAUUCCUGUCCUGAGUGUGGGAAAUGUUUUUCAGUGAAGUCCCAUCUUUACAGACAUCAGAGAUCUCACACAGGGGAGAAGCCGUAUUCCUGUGCGGAGUGUGGGAAAUUUUUUUCACAGAAGUCCGAUCUUUACACACAUCAGAGAUCUCACACGGGGCAGAAACCAUAUUCCUGUCCUGAGUGCGGGAAAUGUUUUUCACAGAAGUCCAAUCUUAACAAACAUCAGAGAUCUCACACAGGGGAGAAGCCGUAUUCCUGUACUGAGUGUGGGAAAUGUUUUUCACAGAAGUCCAAUCUUAACAAACAUCAGAGAUCUCACACAGGGGAGAAGUAAAUUUCCUGUCCUGAGUGAGGGAAUUGUUCCUCACUGAAGUUCUGUCUUCCUGUACUUCAGGGAUCCCACAGAACCCUCGAGGUGUAUUGAAUCCAAUGACAAUGUACAAUAUAAACGCAUGUGCUAAAUAAAGUCCAAUAUAAAUAAUAAAGGUAAGAAUAAUAA